UCAAAAAUCAUGGCUGAAAGAUUAUUGGUAACAGCACUGAAGGGUGGCAGGAACACUAAGAUCCUUACUUUGAAUGGCAAGAGGAUUACCAAGAUGCCCUCGACACUGGAAAAACUGCCUAAUCUGAAGACUCUAGACCUUCAAAAUAAUUCCAUCUCCAAAGUAUGCCCAGAGCUAAGGACCUUGACCCAGUUGACGUUACUAAAUCUGGGAAACAAUCAUUUACAAGAAGUUCCUGAAGAGAUAAAAUAUCUUACCUCCCUGAAGAAUCUUCAUUUAUUUGGAAACAGGAUUUGCAGAAUUGCUCCUGGAGUUCUUAAUGGCCUACAUCGCUUGAUCAUGCUUAAUCUGAAUGACAACAGACUUACGAGUCUUCCUCAAGAAAUUGGCAGGUUAAGGAGUCUUACCUACUUAAGCCUCAACCGUAACAAUCUCACUGUGAUUCCCAAAGAGCUUUGUUCCCUUGAGCAUCUUUCUGAACUGCAUCUAAACUACAAUCAGAUCGUGUACAUCCCUGAGGAGAUCAAGUUCCUGAAGAACCUUCAGCAGCUCUUUCUGGUCAGGAACAACAUUGAAGAGUUGCCAGAGGAAAUUUGUCAUCUUGGAAAACUAAGAGUCCUGGACAUAGCUGGAAAUGUAAUCCAGAUAUUUCCAGCAGGCUUUCAGAAUCUAAGGCUGAGGGAGUUCUACUGUGAGGGAAACCCGCUCUUCCUGAAGAGGCCAUUUCUUGCUGUACAACCUAAAGACCUCUGGACUCUACGGGAAAUAGCAGCAAGAUUUGUCCUUUCUCUGUUAGAAGAAAACGACCCUUUGAUUAUGGAUGCCAUAGAGAGUUACCCAGAGGCCAAGGACAAACUCUCCAAAGCGAAAAAGUGUUCAAUAUGCAGGAAACCUUUUUUAUCUGAGUGGCUGGAGUGCGUUCACUUUGUGGCUCCAUCGAAGAACUGGAAGAUAAGCAGAAACCUAAAGCUGAUUCCUGUCCAGACAUCAGUCUGUUCCUAUCAAUGCUUUGACCAGCGUGAUCCUAAUGUCUUUGGAAUUGCUCAAGAGUAGAGCAGGAAGAAGAGCUCUCCUGUUGGUCCAUAUCUGAAGUAGAAGACAGUCAGAAAAUCUUGUGAUGUCUAUAGGUGCUCGCUGGACAUUCAGGGAAGAGAUGGCCCAUAUGGGUAGUAUAUAGUAUUGAACAUCAAAGUACCUUCAGUCACUGAAACUUUCAAAUAAAUGUUAUGACUCCUG